UUUCUUUUUGUGUUCAGCCAUGUCUGGUCGCGGCAAAGGCGGGAAGGGUCUGGGCAAGGGAGGCGCCAAGCGCCACCGCAAAGUCCUGCGCGACAACAUCCAGGGCAUCACCAAGCCCGCCAUCCGCCGCCUGGCCCGGCGCGGGGGAGUCAAGCGCAUCUCCGGCCUCAUCUACGAGGAGACCCGCGGGGUGCUCAAGGUCUUCCUGGAGAACGUGAUCCGCGACGCCGUCACCUACACGGAGCACGCCAAGCGCAAGACCGUCACCGCUAUGGACGUGGUCUACGCGCUCAAGCGCCAGGGACGUCGGCAGCCAACUAUCUUACACAAGAGGGAAAAAAGAGUUGGGAUGGCUCGCACCAAGCAGACCGCUCGUAAGUCCACCGGCGGCAAGGCCCCGCGCAAGCAGCUGGCCACCAAGGCUGCCCGCAAGAGCGCGCCCGCUACCGGCGGCGUCAAGAAGCCUCACCGCUACCGGCCCGGCACCGUGGCGCUGCGCGAGAUCCGGCGCUACCAGAAGUCCACCGAGCUGCUGAUCCGCAAGCUGCCGUUCCAGCGGCUGGUGCGCGAGAUCGCGCAGGACUUCAAGACCGACCUGCGCUUCCAGAGCUCGGCCGUCAUGGCGCUGCAGGAGGCCUGCGAGGCCUACCUCGUGGGGCUGUUUGAGGACACCAACCUGUGCGCCAUCCACACAAUGUCUGGUCGCGGCAAAGGCGGGAAGGGUCUGGGCAAGGGAGGCGCCAAGCGCCACCGCAAGGUCCUGCGCGACAACAUCCAGGGCAUCACCAAGCCCGCCAUCCGCCGCCUGGCCCGGCGCGGGGGAGUCAAGCGCAUCUCCGGCCUCAUCUACGAGGAGACCCGCGGGGUGCUCAAGGUCUUCCUGGAGAACGUGAUCCGCGACGCCGUCACCUACACGGAGCACGCCAAGCGCAAGACCGUCACCGCCAUGGACGUGGUCUACGCGCUCAAGCGCCAGGGACGCACGCUCUACGGCUUCGGCGGCUGAGCUUGGCCUGAUUCCCGCUCGCUCUUCGCUAACGGCCCUUUUCAGGGCCAC